CUCACUUUAAAUUCUACUUUCGACCAUUAAGCAUCAGAAUAAAAAAAUUAGACAAGUUGUCAUUUUAAUUGUGUUUUUAUUGGGAUAUUAUAACUAUAAUUAAAUAUUAAUUAUAAUUAUGUCUUUUCGUCUGUCAUCAAUUAGUUCGAAUUAUUUAUCGCGGUUACGAAAUUUUGCAGUUUGUGUACGAACAAAAUCUUCAUUCGCCGCUAAUAUUGUUGAAACUGAGAAUGGACCUGUCGAAGGUGUGAAGAAGAAUUCUUGUUUGGGAAGAAACUAUUUCAGUUUUCAAGGAGUUCCUUACAUGAAAGCACCCAUUGGUAAAUUACGCUUCCGCGACGCUGAACCUCCAAAAAAAUGGACAGAACCACUUGAUGUCACUCAAGAUUCGUCUGCUUAUUGCAUGAGGAGCUUUAUCAAUUAUGCAGACGGAGGAAAAGAAGAUGCCAAUACAGUUAAUGUUUAUACACCUUACAUUCGUCCAAGCAAACCUCUGCCAGUUCUUUUUUGGAUUCACGGUGGGGGCUGGAAUGCUGGUUCAGGGCAAACCGAUCUUUUUGGCCCUGACUAUCUGAUGCAAAAGGACGUCAUUCUUGUAACUGUCAACUAUCGACUGGGUCCUGUAGGAUUUUUAAGUUUAGAAGAUCCAGACCUUAACAUUCCCGGUAAUGCUGGAUUGAAAGAUCAAACGUUCGCUUUAAAAUGGGUCCAAAAAAAUAUCAAUAACUUUGGUGGUGACCCGAGCAAUGUUACAAUAUUUGGAGAAUCAGCUGGUGGAGCGUCAACACAUUUUCACAUGAUAUCGGAAAUGUCAAAGAAUCUUUUUCAAAAAGCUAUUUCAAUGUCAGGGACUGCUUUUUGUAAACCAUACACAAAAAUUCCACCACGCGACUGGGCUUUGAAACUUGCAAAAGAACUUGGUUUUAAUGGAAAGGCGAAUGAAAAAGAUGUCUUGGAGUUUUUAGAGAAACCUGAUGGGAUGUCGAUCGUUCAAGCGGCAAAAAAAGUGUUGACUUGGGAAGAAGAGAUUGGCCAGCAUAUCCUUUACGCUUUUGGUCCGGUCGUUGAACCUUAUAUAUCGAAUAAUUGCUUCAUACCCAAGGAUCCCGUUUUAAUGGCGAGAACUGCCUGGUCUAAAGACAUCACUCUUAUGAUUGGUGCAACCAGCAACGAAGGAAUUCUUCGUGCGAACGUUGAUAGUAAGAAGAUUUCUGAUACUUUGCAAAAUGUGAACUUUUUUGCACCUUCUAUCGAACUUAAUCUUGAUGUGAAAGGAGAAAAGGCGGAAAAAUAUGGAAAGCUAAUUAAAGAAAGUUAUUAUGGACAAUCAGAAGUCUCAGCUAACAAUCAACAACCUUACUUAAGUUUUAUAUCAGAUCUUUACUUCUGGCAUGGAAUUCAACGGGCACUCCAAUCAAGGAUGAACAAUGAUGGAUCAGGAAAGAAUUUUCUUUACCGCUUCGAUAUUGAUCUGAGUCAGAAUUUCGUUAAAAAGAUGCAUGUACCCGAAGAAGAGUACAAGAAAUAUCCAGGAGCAAGUCACUGUGAUGAAUUGCCUUACAUCUUCAAAACCAACGAGCAAAGUACAAAAUUAAGCUCACCAACAAUUGAUUCAAAAGAAUUUCACGUCAUUAGAAAAAUGACUGAGACUUUUACGUCAUUUGCAACUAAUGGAGAUCCCAACAAUCAGGAAUUGGGAGUGCAAUGGGAUGAAUUGGAAUCAAAGGAUGAAUCAUUAAAAUGUUUAAAUAUUCAUCAUAACGAAACCAAAAUGAUUCUUCUUCCAGAAAGUAGAAAUUUAAAAGUUUGGAACGACAUUUACUCACGAGAAAAUGUUGACCUUUACUAAAUAUUUUUUUCAAUUUGAACGAAAAAGGUAAAAGAAUAAAAAAUUACCGAAACAAACACAUUUUUUUGACUAACACAGAAU